UCUCAACAAUAGUAUUUUAACAAAAUAAAACCACUUUAAAUACAGAAAUUUUUCAUUCUUGAUCGAUAUAAUUGGGAUAGUAUAAAGAUCGUAAGCUUUUAAAAAGCACAAAAACGUAAAAAAAAAUGACAAUGCCAUCUCGGCAGAGGCAAUCCUAUCGGCAAAAAAGAUCCUCCACCGAAAUGGCGUACGAGUCAAAAGAGGACAGCACACUUGAACCAAGAUCAAAACGUAAAAGAAAGUCAAAAAAUUUAGAAAUGGAAAUUGAAUAUGUCCCUCGACGAGGUCGAUCCUCAUCUAAACAAAAAUCGCGACCGGAUGAAAUAGACUUAAAAUAUACCCUAGAAUCAUCAGCCAAUCAAACAAGUCCCUCGAAUGAAAUGUUCGCGUCUGAAGUUAAAAAAAAAUCGAAUUCUGCAGAAGCAGAAAUUGGACAAAAAUCGGUUAGACGAAGAGGUCGACUGCCUUCCUCACUGCCUUGUCCCAACCAAAGGGCCAAAUUGGCUCGGGAAAAUCGAAGAAAGAAGAACGAGUACAUCCAAAAAAUCGAGAAUAAACUCGAGCUGCUGGAGAAGGAGAACAAAGUCUUCAGUGAUGUGGUGGAAAAGCAAAAGGCUGAUAUCAAAAGGCUGGAGGCGGAGGUCGUUUAUCUAAAAAGUGUUCUUCACAGCAAAAAGAAGAUUAAUGGUCUCUUGAAAUCGAUGAAUGCAAAUUUGCAAAAAUUCCGGGUAGCGGAAGAAGAAGAGGAAUCGUUCAAGGCUAUUCAUGAAUUAAAUCUCGCGCAUGAUUUCUAUGAAAAGGACGACAGUAUAAUUGAAGAGAGUACAGCAAUUUUUGAUAAUUGGACGCCACUUGAUGAGAUAGAGAUGGUGGAUUUUUCAACUCUAGGAAGUUUGUUUCCUAACGAGGAAAUUUUCAUGCAAAAUCUGGAAAGUAGUGUGGAAUUUUGCCCGGAUAUGAAUCCCUGACUUUCGCUAUAAUCUACGGCUUAAGAGAUGAAGAUUUUCAAUUAGGAAGUCUAGGGAGGAAUUGAAAUUAAAAUAGGAAUUAAUCGGAAGAUUUUUAUUUUUUAUUUUGAAUUGGCCCAUUGAACUCCAAACGGGAGAAUUUGGGCCCUGAUAUAUUUUUUUAAUUUUGUGUUUGAAAUUCAAUUUAGAAUUUGGUGCUCCAAAAAUGCAAUGGAAAUUUAUUCUAAAUUUUAUGCGUAUCGCC